CAACAAAAGACUCUGAAAUAUAUCUCAGCCCCCAAGUUUCUUCUCUGCAGUCAAGAAGGCUCUGAUAGAACUUCAGUGAGUCUAAUAAUUCCCUAGCUUCAAGAGUGAAAGCUGAAAAAUUCCACAAGAACACCAAAUGGCCAAUUACCCAUGUGCCAGGUAGCAUUCUAUGACAAUCUUGAAUGCCAAGAGGAAGCCACUGGACAGCAAACUCUUCCGAGAUCCUAACUGGACUGUUUGGUAUUGGAAAAGAAGAGAAAAGAAUCAGAACUAUGGCAAGAACAAACAGAGCGCCUUCUGCCUCCCCUCCAGACGGGGGCUGGGGCUGGAUGAUUGUGGCUGGUUGUUUCCUUGUCACCAUCUGCACCCGAGCAGUUACCAGAUGCAUCUCAAUUUUUUUUGUGGAGUUUCAGACAUACUUCUCUCAGGAUUAUGCACAAACAGCAUGGAUCCAUUCCAUUGUAGACUGUGUGACUAUGCUCUGUGCGCCACUUGGGAGUGUGGUCAGUAACCAUCUAUCCUGCCAAGUGGGAAUCAUGCUGGGUGGCUUGCUGGCAUCUACUGGUCUCAUCCUGGGUUCAUUUGCUACCAGUCUGAAGCAUCUCUACCUCACACUGGGAGUCCUUACAGGUCUUGGAUUUGCACUCUGUUAUUCUCCAGCUAUCGCCAUGGUUGGCAAGUAUUUCAGCCGACGGAAAGCCCUUGCCUAUGGGAUCGCCAUGUCGGGAAGUGGCAUUGGCACCUUCAUCUUGGCCCCAGUGGUUCAGCUCCUCAUUGAACAAUUUUCCUGGCGAGGAGCGCUCCUCAUCCUCGGUGGCUUUGUUUUGAAUCUCUGUGUUUGUGGGGCCUUGAUGCGACCGAUUACUCUUAAAGAGGACCAUACAAAUUCAGAGCAGAACCAUGUGGAUCGAACUCAGAAACAAGACUGCAAGCAGGCAUCGCCCUGUCCAAAUUUGACCAAAGAAUGGAUGCAGACCUGCCUUUGCACUUCUUUGCAGCAGGAAUACAGCUUUUUGCUGAUGCCGGACUUUGUUGUAUUAGCCGUCUCAGUUCUGUUUAUGGCGUAUGGUUGCAGCCCUCUCUUUGUAUACUUGGUGCCUUAUGCUCUGAGUGUCGGUGUGAGUCACCAGCAAGCUGCUUUUCUGAUGUCCAUACUUGGUGUGAUUGACAUUAUUGGCAAUAUCACAUUUGGAUGGCUGACAGACAGAAGGUGUCUGAAGAAUUACCAGUCCAUUUGCUACCUCUUUGCUGUGGGACUAGAUGGACUCUGCUAUCUCUGCCUCCCCAUGCUUCAAAGUCUCCCCUUUCUCGUGCCUUUCUCUUGUAUCUUUGGAUACUUCGAUGGUGCCUACGUAACCCUGAUUCCAGUAGUGACUGCAGAAAUCGUGGGGACCACCUCUUUAUCCUCAGCACUUGGUGUGGUGUACUUCCUUCACGCGGUGCCAUAUCUGGUGAGCCCGCCUAUUGCAGGGUGGCUGGUAGACACAACUGGCAGCUAUACUGCAGCAUUUCUUCUCUGUGGAUUUUCAAUGAUAUUUAGUUCAGUGUUACUCGGCUUUGCUAGACUUGUCAAGAAGAUGAAAAAAAGCCAGCUGCGGUUCCUUGCCAAAGAAUCUGAUCCCAAGCUGCAGCUCUGGACUAAUGGAUCGGUGGCUUAUUCUGUAGCAAGAGAAUUUGAUCCGAAAGAUGGGGCAUCUGUGGUCCUCGCAGUGCCCACCUGACCCAGGGACUUGGCCUGGGAAUGCAUCUUCAAGGCAAGAGAGGAGGGACCAUGGGAUUGUACAUGAUUCUGAAGUAUUUUAUUUUGACAGAAGCAUUGACCUCCACGGAAAUGAUUAUUACUGUUUGGAUAACAUGUUUGUAGAGGAAACUCGCAAAUAACAAAGGAAACUGGACUGGCUCCAAGUUUCCCCAUUCGGGGUUUGUACAUAACAAUUGAACUCACAUCUUUUGGAUAAUGAAUAUCAAUCCAUGGAGAAUGUAAGGAUAUAGCUGAUAUGAUUCUCUGUAAUUGAGGUAAUUUUCAGACAUCUCAGACCCAAGUAGAUGACCACUAGAUAGCAACUUUCCCCCAAUGUCUAUGGCCCUUCCACUUCCUGCCAUCAUUUAGAAGGUGAACAGUCAUUAACAUGUAGAUUUGGGGGGCUGGUGGGAUCAGCUUGGAGUAGUGGUUGAAGUUGAAGAUGCCAAAAACUUUUUCAGAGUGAGGUUUCUCCCUAGAGACUAUUCCCACCUGCCCCCGCCCCCACCAGCCCUGACCUCCCCCAUCACUUCCUUAUUUUUCAAAUCAGCUCUUAUUCUGGCAAAUUCAAACCAUGAAAAUUCAAAUGAUCAUGGAACGCUGUCGUUUUCUGAAUUGUAAGACCCAGGCAGCCCUGACUGGGAAGGUCUUCUAUAUGAACACUGGAAAUGAAAAGCCCAUUUACUAAGAUUAAGUCCUAGGCACUCAUCUUUGUUACUAGCCUUUACAAGGCUAGCUCCACCCCAGAGAAAUUUGUUUUUAUUUUCUUUUGUUUUUGCUUUCAUUCAGAACCUGGGACUGAACCCAGGACCUCACACAUGCAAGGCAAGUCCUCUAACGCGAAGCUACAUCCCUGACCCUAUAAUGCUUAUUCUAAAUUUACUCUCAGUUUAGCAGAACACAGCAAGUCAUAAGGGCAAUUUCUCAGUCUUAUCUGAAAUGUUAACACCAACUUUCCCCCCCCACCUCUCCUCUUAUCUGAAAUGUUAACACCAACAUUCCCCCACCCCUUUUUUUUCCCCCUUUUGAAUUAAAGCUCUUAUUUAAAUUGCAGACACAUUCCUCUUAGGAACAGAAAAAUGUUGACAUUAUUCCAACUGGGCAGGAAUUGAAUUCUUGAAUCAGCAGGUCUCUAGUGAGAGUUUUCUUUUCAGAUCAGACAUUUAGGUUCAUCAUCAUUCAGAACAGGACUUGGCAGUUUUGCCUGGGGAAGGGCAGGAAAUAAACCUCUAUGAUUCUAAAAUAAUCCAAAGGUGAUAUUCCUUUUUUCCUGUGUGAAUUCUUGUAAUGUCUGCUGUUCUUCAUCUCUUUAUAGACAGACUUUGGAAACCUGUGGGCUUUCCCAUUCAUUUGUAGUGAAUGCUUCUGGGGUUAAUGUCAGCAUCAUAAUAUCCUCACACAUUAGUGUGUGGACCCAGGGAGAGUAAGGUGAAGAUUUCUGUAGGGGUUACUGCAAAAACAAACAAAACGAUGAGGAAGAUCCAAGGUUGACUAAACAUGUUGGGCAAGAGUCUUUGGACGCAGUGAGACUAAGCAGGCUGCAUUUCAGCGUCUUUGCCGAAACUGGAUUAUAUGAUAAUCUGACUUACUGGCAUCUUUCAGAAUUAAAUACUGAUUCAAUUUUUCAAUUUGAUUGGGGGGUGGGGGGAAGCUGUAGUAGAUCAUAGUUCUUUUCCAAAGAGAAAUUUGAAUGUUAGCUACUUUAAAUGUUAGUUAAUUUUAGCUCAUUAGUUAACAUUUGAAUGUUAGCUAAUGUUAACUUGAAUGUUGAAAAAAUCUUUUACUUCAUUUGAGAGUUUAGUUUUGAACCCAUUUACCUUCCUAUUUGUCAUUUAAAGAUAGAGCUUGGAAAAUGUUUAUAAAAAGUUCAAAUUAAAAUGAAGUUAUAUAUGGUUGGAAUAGCACUUUACCCUGAAUGUUAUUUCUUGACUCUUCAAGACUAAAGAUCGUUUUCUAAAAAUAUAUAACUAGUUAUAAAUAUAUGUAUUUUUCAUAGCAUGAUCACAGUAAAAUUUUGUUUAUAUGGUUCUGCAAUAGAAUUUCUAUAAACUUGUAUAUUCAUGAAAAUGGGCAUAAAUAAUAGAGCUUUUUAAAGUUUGUGUAAAAUAUUUGGGAUAUUUGAUUUUAUACAUGCAUAAAUUUGUAGGUUACAUUCCUCUCUGGAGCAGCAUUUUUGAAAAGCAGUAAGGAAAAUAUAAACUCUGGAGCAGUUAAGGCUCCAUGUUUAUUUUAAAUUGAGUGAUUUGUGGGAAUAAGGUGUUUUGUGGAAUCAAUAACAAAAUUAUGGUAACUUAAUUCAACAUCUUAAGUGUCUCUUUAUAUCAGUGAGAGCUCUGUUUCAAAGUUGACAAUAUAAAUACUGUAGAUACUGUGCGCCAAUGGGCCUUUUCGUUGUUCCAGAUGCAGUUUCAUUAAUCAAUUUAAUUAUUUACACUAAUAUUUUCUUAUUUC